UUGACGUUCAAGAAUUUAUUGUGAAAAGUUUUUUCCUCAAUUUCCAAUGAAUAAAAUAAUUUUCCCGUCUAUAAAAAGCGUGGAAAUGCUUAAGAAUCCUUUGAAGAAUCUCAGGAGUUUUCAGGGAACGUUGCAUUUUUCCACGGACUCAGGGGGCAAUGGAGAAGGGGAGAAGAAGAAGGAGACCCCUCGAUUGGAUGAAUUGAGGAAGAAAUUGAGGGAAAAGACUCCAAUUGAGAGCCUGGAUAAGACGGCAGAUAACUCCCCGAAGGAUUCAGACUUCCCGCCUUUCCCGAACAACACAAACCCUGAAACAGGAGAAAUUGGAGGGCCCAGAGGACCUGAACCAACCCGCUACGGAGAUUGGGAGAGAAAGGGAAGAGUCUCGGAUUUUUAAAAGUUGUUAAUUUAGGAAAAUUUUAAAUAUUAGAAUAGAAAUUAAAAAAAAUAAACUAAACCGGCAUCAAUCUGGCAACACUAAAA